GAAACCAAAGUUUUGCAUUUUCCUCAUCUGAUAUUAAUCUGAAAAAGCUGGCUGUAGAGGAAGCAAUAGGUAGGGUGGCAAAGCUUAUAGUCCAUAAGAGGCGGCAGAAAGUGUCAUUAGGGAGGGAACAUGCAGUAAGUUCUAUAAACUUGGCUAUUGAUUUAAGUUCACCUGUUACUGAUAGUGCGGUUCCAGGGAGAGAAGUAAAGAUUCCUGUCGAAUCUGAUUCCAACAAACCAGUAGAGCAUAAUGAACUGCAAAUGAUGCCUUAGUUCACAUGAAAGUAGACUUAUUGUCAAAGGGGUAUUCAGCCAAAAGAAAACGAUUAUCAUUGAGCCCCCUUUCAAGAUCUCCCCUAAUGAAAGAGCUUACGAGAUUGGGUUACCCUGAUUCAAUGCCUGAUUUUCUGCCAAAAGAUUCAAGAAGAAGAAGAGCUACAGAGAAAGUUUGUGUUUUGUUCAGCCAGAACUUGGACACAAGCAAACUUAAGCAGCAGAAAAAGAUUGUAACACGAUUAGGAUUUUCAAUCGCAUCAUGUUCCUCUGAUGCAACACAUUUUGUAGCUGAUAGAUUUGUACGGACAAGGAAUAUGUUGGAAGCCACUAGUCUUGGCAAACAUGUGGUGACACAUUUAAGGCUUGAGAGCUGCGAACAAGCUGGCUAUAAUGUUGACGAAAAGAGUUACAUCCUCAGAGAUGAGAAAAAGGAGAAAGAAUUUGGUUUCAACAUGCAUGUUACACUCAUGCGUGGCAGUAAGCAUCCACUUUUGAAGGUGGUCCAAAGCAUACUGAAAGCCAAAAAGGAUCAGCUGAUUCACAAUGAUGUAUUAAUCCUCUCCUUUGUGGAAGAUUAUACAAUUUGCUUACAGUAUCUCCACAAAGGAGCUUCCAUCUAUGACUCAGAGCUUUUGCUGAAUGGUAUUGUAACCCAGGAACUGCAAUAUGAGAGACUUUUCAAAGAUAGGAAGAAGAAUGGCCAUUGAUAUCAGUCAUUCAGGGCAAAUGGUGAUCGUGUAUUAUAGUAAUAUGGAAAUGCAAUAUAUCCUAACUCCAUAUGCCUCAAUCCACAGCAGGAUCUGAUGUGUACCUCUUUUCAUGCUUAUUAAUGGCUAGUUUUCAGUGUUCAAUUUUGUGAUUAUUUUUUUAAAUAAAAAUUAACUGAUUGAAUUAUUAACUAAGAAUUUUUUUUUCAAAAUUUUAGGAUUUUCCUUUUUCUUUUUAGUUUAUACGGAGUGAUAUUUAGUUAUGUUUUAUGAGAUGAUCUGCAUUUUCCCAAUGUUUACUAAAGUAGAAUACCAUUCAAUUUAAACACGUGAUCAAUUGCUGAUGGUU